AUGUCAAAGGCUCGCACACUCGCCUUGGUGCUUACACUUACCGGAGCGGCUUUUCUCAACACUCUUACGAUACAGGCUGUGGUCAUCGUACUUCCAACCAUCGGCAGAACGCUCGAUAUACCAGCGGCCAGACAACAAUGGAUUGUUUCAGCAUACUCUCUGUCGUUUGGCUGCUUCCUGUUGCUAUGGGGUCGACUGGCUGACAUCUAUGGCAAAAAACCUAUCUUUGUCCUGGGCACACUUUGGGUUGCCAUCCUCACGUUGGUGAACCCGUUCAUGACCAAUGAGAUUGCCUUUGAUCUACUUCGAGGACUCCAAGGUGUCGGCGGAGCGGGCAAUGUCCCAACCGCUUUUGGCAUCUUGUCUGCUACCUUUCCUGAGGGCAAGGCUAGAAAUCGCGCCUUCUCUUUCUAUGCUUCGGGCGCUCCUAUGGGUAGUAUCAUGGGCAAUCUUUUGGGUGGUGUCGUCCUAAAAUACGCUAAGGACUGGCGCUGGGUGUUCUGGGUCCUUUCCAUCAUGGCUUUUGCGGUCGCCAUAGCUGGUUAUAUCGUCAUCCCUCAGCCACCGCCGCGACCGCGCUCGGAACUGAAGAAUGCCGUCGACUGGAUCGGGGCCUUCCUGGUGACAGUCGGUGUAUUGAUACUGUUUUUUGCCUUGACUCAAGGCAACGUCGUGGGAUGGAGAAAGCCUUACAUCCUUGUCCUUAUGGUACUAUCGAUUGCAUGCAUAGUCAUCUUCGUCUUCUGGCAGCUGUACCUUGAGAAACGAACGGGACGUCAACCCCUGAUCAAAGUCAGUCUGUUCAAGCGCCUCCGCGUCUCUGCCGCCAUGUUGGCCAUGACUGUCUUCUUCUCAGCCUUCAACAACUACUUGAUCUUCUCAACCUAUUUUUACCAGGAGUACCUCGGACUCGACGCUAUACAUACCACGCUGCGCUUCAUCCCGACAGGAGUCGUCGGAAUAAUCACGAUACUUGCAACCUCACAGCUCUUACACGGGGUGCCAGUCAACUACUUGCUUUUGUGGGGAAUGCCAUGCGUGAUGCUGGCUAAUUUACUCAUGGCUGUUCCGAUCCCACCGACAACGACGUAUUGGGCGUAUGGCUUUCCUGCCAUGUGUCUGGCCGUGUUAGGAGCAGAUACUUUGUUCCCGUCACUGCUCCUCCUCGUCGCGCAGUACAUGGCCCCCGAGGAUCAAGCACUCGGCGGCGGCCUCAUCAACGCGGUAGGUCAGAUCGGACGAGCUGUUGGUCUGGCUAUCAGUACAGCGGUCCAGGUCGCUGUACAGAGCAGGCAAGAGAGGACGGAAUUGUAUGGCGAUAAAGCCAACGUUGGGAAUCAUGCAUAUCUGCAUGGUCUGCACGCAGCUCAAUGGCUCAGUGUAGGCUUUGCAGCUACCGGGUUUCUGAUUGUCGCGUUCGCUUUCAGGGGUGCAGGAGUGAUUGGAUCAUCGAAGGGCUCAUAA